GACGCGAACAGUAAGCCUAUACAGGGAAGUGGCUGGCAACAAGAAGGACUACCUGUACUUGGCCUCCAUGAAUCCAGUGCCAUGUGCUCACUGACUCCUAUAUUGCACAUGCCAAGGGAAUAAAUCUCUGCUCUCCGGACUUACAUGAGUGUACUGGCAUUGGGGAAUAAUCCGUGAUUAAAGCAGAAGAGAAGAGUUCAGCUGGGAGAGGAGCAGCUAUGGGCAGUGUGAGCACAGAUAGGAGGUAUCACAGCUCCCCACCUGCCCCCACUGUGAUGCCAGCAGGGGCCGCAGGGCACAGCAUGCCCCCUGGCUUUGGCACAUGUGGUCUAUGCAACUCGAGCUGCCCAGUCCCUGUGCACAUGGGGUCCUGCGGGCACUGCUUCUGCCUGGGCUGUCUGGAGAGCUACUGGCAUCGGAUCCCCAACAAUGAGCGACCCUGCCCUACAUGCACCACCGCUGGGGGGCAGCAGAAACUCCACGUCGCUAAGCCGCCAGCGCAGUGUGAUUGGUGCCCGCCUCAGGCCCCCUGCACGGCCCGCUGGGGCUGCCUGACCUGCGGAGAGUUCUACUGCCCCGAACACUUCCAGCCUCACAUCCUGGGGGAAGGAGGCCAGACCGAGGACAUGGCCGGGCACCAGGUGUGCGAUGCAGGUGGGGACCAGGCUGUGCAGAUGCUGGAGGAGAGGAGAGAUGGGCGGCGGUGCCCAGAGCAUAGGGAGAGGGCGGUGGAGCUGUACUGCGGGGCGUGCAAGCUGUGUGUCUGUACCCUGUGCCCCCUCCUAGGGACCCACAAAGGACACCCUGUAACCCUCAUACAGCAGGAGGUCCAGCACAAGAAGAAUCUGAUGAGCAGAUGCCUGGAGCAGCUUGAUCAGAAGAAGAAUCAUGUACUUGGCAACGUGGAACGUAUUGAGAAUGCUGCAACUGAUCUUGAGGGCCGUACUGUGGAAAGCAAAAAUUCUGUGAUGGAAAAAUUCACAGAACUCCGAUUGCUGCUUGAAGAAGAGGAAAAUGUAGCAAAGAAAUAUAUUGAAGACAAGGCAAAGCUUGCCCUGUGGGCAUAUGAAGGGCAAAUAGAGUCAUGUCAGGAGCACAUAAAUACCCUUGAGAAAUUUGCAGUGCAAGUCAGAAAUAUACAUCAGCAACCUGAUUCUAUCAAACUAAUACAGGAGUACACAGCAGCAGAAAAGGAAAUGCAGAAGCAGAUGUCUCCUGCUGAACUUUGGCACCCAAUUCCAGUAACCUAUGAACAUAUUGAGAAAUACUUUAACUCCAUAAAAGAAGUUAUCAAAUCAUCUUUCAAGGAGCCUCUAGUAAAGCGUCUUCAGCAAGAUGGUUUGUCUGGAGUCAGUGCACCAUCCAAGCAGAAGCCUGGAUCAUUAAUUAAAACAAAAUUAUUUGUGGAUAGGUCAUCACUCCUAAAACAUGGCAGGUGUCCGACCUUAGACCCUGACACUAUGCAUCCACGACUGAGGAUGUCGGAAGACCGUCUCACAGUACAUUGUGCCUGGUUUGGGAAAUUUAAUGCUGGUCACCCUCACAGAUUUGAUAAACUCUUACAAGUAAUGAGCAGAGACUCCUAUGCAUCGGGCAGCCAUUAUUGGGAGGUGAGUCUUCUUCAUGCGGGACAAGGAUGGUGGAUUGGGAUCACCUAUGGGUCAAUCCAAAGGAAAGGAGACUCAGAGUUCAGUCGCUUAGGCUGGAACAGCGGGUCGUGGUGCAUUAAACGGUAUGAUCAUGAAUACUGGGCCUUCCACAAAGGAGAGAGAACACCGCUAAGAAUGAAUAACCAUCCAGAAAGAAUUGGCAUUUUCCUGGACUAUGAAGCUGGAGUCCUUUCUUUUUUUGAUGUCCGUUCUGGCAUGAAGCACAUUCAUACAUUUCGCUGUAGAUUCAUUGAGCCAGUCUACCCAGCUCUGAGACUUUGGGAUGGAUUAAUAAGUAUGUGCAGACUUAAUUAAAACAAGCAAAUGUUUUAGCUUUGAAAAUUAAAAACUAAAUGUAAUUUCUUUUUGAUUUUUUCUCUUUUUUUGGUGUGGAAAUUUGCCAGGUUUAGGAGUUUUAAAUACACAUCCAAUGUUAAAUAAGAUUUUUAGCACAUGACCCUUAACAUGAUGCACAAGAAAAAAAUUGAACAGAUACAAAAGUAAAAUUAAAUAUUUUGUUCUAACAAUGAA